CAAGCUGAUUGUGCUCAGGGGGAGGCCAGGCAAGUUUGACAACGGCCCCUGCCGCAUACCCGGCAUGGCUGCCACUGCUUGCAGGCAGCCGCGCGCCGCGAGGGGCCUACUGCGCUGCCUGGCCGCCGCGGCUGCGCUCGCGGCGGGGCCGGCGUUCCUGCCAGGCGCCAGCGGCGGCGCGGGCGCGGCGGCGCCCUGCGGGCGGCGCGCGGCGGCGGCGGCCGGCGCCGGCGCCGUGCUGCUGGCGUCCUCCGCCGCGCGGGCGACGAGCGCGAAGGACCAGGUGUGGUUGGAGCAGAAGGCUGGGGAGCCAGGCGUGGUGAAGCUGCCGUCGGGGCUCAUGUACAAGGUGCUGGAGGAGGGGCCGGCUGGCGGCCCUUCGCCCAAGGUGAACACCAAGUGCUCCUGCACGUACGCAGGCCAGCUCACCAACGGCAAGCAGUUCGACGCGGGAACGCUCGACUUCGCGCCCAAUCAGGUGAUCCGGGGGUGGACGGAGGCGAUGCAACUCAUGAAGGAGGGCGACAAGUGGGAGCUGUACAUCCCGUCGGAGCUCGCGUACGGCGAGCGAGGAGCCGGUGGCGCGAUCCCUCCGAGCGCCGCACUGCAGUUCCAGAUGAAGCUCAACAAGGUCAAGCGGUGAGAGCCCCACACGCUGAGCAGAGGAGGAGGAGGAGGAGGAGGAGGAGGAGGAGGAGGAGGAGGAGGAGGCGGAGGAGGAGUAGGAGGAGGACCCGCGCGAUGGCCUUUCUGCCCUGGGCCGAGGGCGCGCUGCACGCGCGCGCGCGCGCUUCGCCGAGCAGACGCGCACUCGAGCCGACCCGGCUGGACAGAGGGUCUUCGUGGCUCGGAAGGGAGGAGGAGCUGAAGUGAGAAGACUGGGAAGCGCCAUGGCCAGGCCCUCCGUCUGGCGGGGCCGAGCCACGCCUGGGGUUUUUGGGUCUCCCCCGCCGCGGGCGCGGGCGCGCACCCUUUCUAGUUUUCGCGUUCUCGCAGAAA